UCGUACAAGUGAAAGUGCCGUCACUGCAAUUUUGCUCUCUGCGAGGCUUCAAUUUCCAAUUAGGGUUUCGCUUUGGGCACAGAGAAGCCAUGGGAGUGUUCACAUUCGUCCUCCGCAGCUCCGGUGGCGAAUGGACCGCAAAGCAAUUCUCCGGCGACAUCGAGGCCUCUGCUGACUCCUCCUUCGAGCUCCAACGGAAGCUCGUUCAAGCCGCUCUCGCCGUUGACUCCUUCGGUUCCGUGCAGUCUUCUUACUCUACUGUGUCUCCUUCUUCUGCUGUCUUCCAGGUGAUUGUGGGUGGUGCAGUGUUCGUUGGAGGUGGUGUUGGUGCUGCAGCUGCUCCCGCAGGAGGUGCAGCCCCGGCUGCGGAUGCUGCCCCGGCUCCUGAGAAAAAGGAAGAAAAGGUUGAGGAAGAGGAGGAGGAUGAUGAUAUGGGAUUGUCACUCUUUGAUUAGGGUCUUCUGGCUUCUCUUGAAUUUUGAUGUAAAAGGGCUUUAGUCUUUAAUCUUAUAAAUUGUAUUUGUGCAUCAGUUUGCACCAUUUAUUGGUGCCCUUCGUCCGAUAGAGUUUUUUGGCUGCGACCUCAAUGGUUUUGUAUCGUGUUUUGCUUGUUUCUUUUUCUUUUCUUUUCUUUUUUCCAAAAAAAAAAUGUCUGCCUCUGUUUUGUUAUCACUUAUCACUGCUCAAUAGAAUUUCCUUCAACGGUA